AUGAGGCCAUCAUCCGCCCUGCUCCUCUCGUCAGCGGCCCUGCUGUGCCAGCACCAGCAGACCGCCACGGCGCUGACGAUACCGACGAUACCCAACGCAAAGAACCCGUACCACCGCGACAGGGACCUCUCGAGCCUCCUCUCCGGCUCCCUUGACGUCCUCGACCGCGUGCCGGGCCUGGCGGACAAGAUUGUCAACACGACGCUGCUCGUCGUCCGCGCGCUCAGGGAAACGGUAGCCGACAACGGCAUCACGCAAAACGACCUUGACUUGGCGCUGGGGAUCAACGGCACCACGGGCAUGCCGCUACUAGGAAACACCACCAGGGCCGUGACGUGCCCCGACGUAGCUGUUCUCUACGCCAGGGGAACGAAUGAGCCUGGCAACGUGGGCUUCCUCACCGGCCCGCCCUUCUUCGACGCCCUGCGCACUUACAUGAACGGCACGGGCUCCAUCGCCAUCCAGGGCGUAAACUCCUACCCGGCCCAACCAGCCGGCUUCUUCGCGGGCGGCUCCGCCACCGGCGCCGCCUUCGCUGCGCAAGUCGCCUCUCGCACCCUUGCCUCCUGCCCAGACACCCGCCUCACGGUGUCGGGCUACAGCCAGGGCUCGCAGGUGGCCCGCCUCGCCGUGGCCCAGAUGCCGCCCGACCAGCGCGCGCGUCUCUCGAGCGUCGUGCUCUUUGGCGACCCGCUGGGAGGCAAGGCCAUUGACGGGGUCGAUCCGACGAAGUUGCUCGUCAUAUGUCAUACGGGUGACAAUAUCUGCCAGGGAGGCGACUUUAUCUUCAACACGCAUCUCGAUUACAGCCUCGACGCGCCGACGGCGGCGCUGUUUGUUAUGCAGCGGAGCGGGCUUGGGCUGGCGAGCCGCGACGCCCAGAACGAGGGGAUGGGGGAUACCAUGGUGGGCACCGUGCAGGGAAUAAUGCACUCCUCAAAGGGCGGGAUAGCGAGUGAUUAA